AUUCACUCGUGCCUAGGCCGUCAAAAUACAGGACUUCUCCUCAGCAAGCAACCUGUGCCUGUGCCUUCAUUUGGCCUGUGACGUUCAUAUAGAACUGAAGCUUGCACUAGCAAUACGUGUACUGGCCACCCUUGACCGUUUACGGUGCUGAGCGCGAAAACAUAACCAUGACUGGUGCUGCGCCUGAUAACGGGGCCCCUAUCGGGGGUUUCUUUGACGAGUUCAACAAGGACCCCGCGAAGCUGGCGCUGACGGAGGAAGUCAACCGGAAGCUGUGCGAGGUGCUGACGGAGCUGGCGGAAGACAUCGUGCAGGGGCUAGCGGAGAGCGGCGCCGGCGAGGCGCCGGCGGUGGCUCCGAAGGAGCCUGCAGCAGAGGGGGUUGCGGAGGAGGCGGAGGCGGAGGGCCCCUCCAGCAACGUCAACGGUGUGGAUGAGGUGGCGGCGCUGGCGGCUUACAAUGACGCCAUGGCGGCCGUCAUGCGGGAGAGCGACAUGUCCAGCAAGGACAUGUGCAGCCUGCCUGACGACCACCCGCUCAAGGAACUCUUCUUCUCCGCCUUUGACGCCGCCAUGUUCCACGACCUGCUCAUGCGCUUCAUUGGUCAAGUGAAGGGGCGCAAGGGCGGGCACGAGUGGGACGCGGAGGCGGCGGUGGGCGAGGCCGAUGGCGAGGACCACACGCUGGAGUAACAGGAGCUGGGGUGCAGAGAGAGAGCUGGGGUGGAGAGAGAGCUCUCGGGCGAGGAGCGCUGGAGUGAGGGGCCAGAAGGGGAGGGCUGGGAUGAGGCGCUGGGGUAUGCAUGUAGGCUGAAGAGGUGGGGCGAGCGUCCCCAGGGGCAGGCAUUGACGCUCUCCGGGGCCACACACCGCGGCCGUUCACUGGUACGUCUGUAUGGUGCAGCCGUGGAGGCUGGCCCUGGCGCGGGCACGGGUGCCUGCGCCCAACCCCCGCAGAGGGGCCCCGGCCAGUGGAGGAAGGCGAGACCUGAGCGAGGGUCCUUUUGUGGUGGUGCAAGCAAGGUGGUGGCAGAGAAAAGGGACGAACAGAGACCGACCGUGCAGCACCUGCCAACUUCCAUCAUCAUUACCACCUUCGCGUAUGCUUUCUUUUCAACAUAGGUCACUGCUGCACUGAUAGGCGAGCGUUUCGUUCAUGCUUCGGAAUGGUACUGAACUAUUUGAGUUAGCGUGCUACAGAAGCGGAAGCAGAGUGCGAGACUGAGAUUGUGAAUGGUGUCAUAGCACUGCCAGUACGGGCGACUGAUUGUUGAGGACUGCACGGUCGAUGCCGGCAAUUACCCAAUGGCGGUGUCUAUGACUGUGGUGGUAGCGGUGCUAGUGCGAUUGGUUUGCCGGUGUACUGCUGUGACAUGUGAGUUACAUUGCUCUGCGUGAAGGUGGGUGGACGGUUCGGGACGGGACUGGUCGGGUCUGACCAGGAAAGCAGUGAGCGGCGUGCGAUGCACGCGUGCGACGAGUGUGGCAACAUAUUCGGGUUUGAAACAUGUGAUCUGUGGACUAUGCGUGCCUAGGAUGAGCACGAGUGACCAGUUGCGGUGGUGCGUGAGAUUUGCCUGUGCGGGGCGGCUUGGUUGUGGAUAGCUUGGAAAGGUGGUACGGGUAUUUGGUUUUGGGUUAGGUAAUGGCGGGCCCGUGUUAACUUUCUUUCCUAGCACGCAUCGUGGACACCACAUCUUUCGCCCUGGGGGCCCUGGCGGCAGCGCAGCUGCGCCCCGGUAGCACAUCCACAUCCAGGGCAGGGCGCACAAGAUGGUUAGUCCACAUUUGUUGGUAUCGAGUGAAGUGGACGUGCUAGCAAACGCGCUGCUACUGCUGCAUGACGAACCUGUGAGGGAAUGCAUUGCUACAGACGCACACGGUCUCGGGUUUGGGGACUUGGAGUCAGAAGUGCGCGACACGCGCUUUGCAGUUGGCGUUGUACAGCGCCAGUAGACGUACCGUAGCAGUUGGGUGAGAGCCAAAGGUCUCGGGGGCCCAGCACGCUCAGUAGGCUGGCAUGUUGCGUCGCGGAUUGAAAGGGUGCCUUGCUCGUACAUGAAACACGUGCAACUUUUGCGAAUCACAGAUUCACAGGGCACUGGUGCAAUAGGCACGGAACCCUGGGGGAAAUCGGGACGCACCGGGAGUAGGCAUGCCGUGGCCCGAGAUGGACGCCUCGCGACACCUCGGUAGUCGGUAAGCCGUGUAAGCUGCCGUAUGCGGACCGUAAUAGUAAUUGUUGCGGGCCCAUCACCUCAUGCCAUAAUGCCGUGCAACGUUGCAAUUAUGAGCCCUCGAUUGGAUGGCAUUGCAGCAGAGCCAGGCGUCCGCUUGCCUGGUACAGCCGAGAGCCGGGGACAGCCGCUUCGGGGGGGGGGGAAGCGGUUGUGUGUGUGUGUGGGGGGGGGGGCGGGGGGCUGGCGGCUGAUGGUGAACAGGGCCGCAGUCGGGAGCGCGACUGGAAAGCUCAGGAGAGAGGCCGUGGGGGAUGCUGUGAAGGAGACGAUGGUGGUGCAUGCUCCUACGGGCGAAGGAAGCCUGGAAAGGCUGCCAUAGCCCAAGCCCAGCAGUCCAACACGCCUUGCAAUAUUGCAUCCGCACGGGGCCGAUCAAAAGAAGUGGGAGUGGGAAACAGCUGUAAGCUGGAUAUACA